AUGGAGGCAAAGCCCACGUACAUAUCUCAUGUGUGCUCAAACACCACUCAUAACACCUACAUGCUCAAUGUAGAGCUACUUCUCUCUUCUUUUUCCUCCUACGCAAACAGCAGUAGUGGAUUUUAUAAUGCUUCCGCUGGGCAGGACCCCGAUGUUGUCUAUGGUCUCUUUCUUUGCCGAGGUGAUUUGAGCCCCGAAAUCUGCCAAGAUUGUGUCAAUUUUGCAACACAAGAUAUCAUCCAUCGCUGCCCCACCCAAAAAAUGGGGAUUACAUGGUAUGAUGAAUGUUUCAUACGUUACUCAAACGAGUACAUCUUCUCCACUGUGGCUGUAAAACCUUUUGCAUACCAGAUGAUUAUUUCGAGGACAACAUUUCGUUUACACAAUGCUAGCCACAGCCAGUUAGUAGCCGCAAUAAGUGUCACAGCUGCUAAUGCCGCAUUUUCUCCGUCAGGUUAUAAAAUAAAUUUUGCAACCGGAGAAUUUGAAGCUGGCCCAUCUGAAAAACUUCACAAUAUUCUACAGUGUACCCCAGACAUAUUAAGCUCUGACUGUUACAAGUGUCUUCUCAAAGGUAUUGGGGAGUUGCCGAAUUUAAAAAUUGUAAAGCAAGGAGGAAUCUUCCUUUCAAGCUGCAUCAUUCGCUUUAAUUUAAUACCAGUAAAUCCUUCCCCGCAAGAUCCUAGAGCUCCAGCACAACCACCUUCACUUCCUGUACCGACGGACAACAAGACAGGACGGGCUGAUGUAGCAAGGGAGAAAGCCGCGUGGAUUAUUGUUGGGUCAAGUCUAUCAACAAUUUUAGGGAUAUUGUUCUUCAGUUUUUGUGUCUAUACUUUGUGGAAAAGAAAGAGCGAGAAAAAUGCAGUUAACAUAGAGCAAAUAAUCAUCGAAGACGACGGCCAAACAACCAUUCUUGUGAAUAAUUUUCAUCAGAUGCCCUUAUAUACCUUGCAAAUAGCUACACAGUUCUUCUCCAAAGAAAAUAAACUUGGACAAGGCGGAUUUGGCCCCGUAUAUAAGGGCACAUUAGAAGAUGGCCGAGAAAUUGCUAUCAAAAGGCGCUCAAGGACUUCUCGUCAAGGACUGGAUGAGUUCAUGAAUGAAGUCAAGUUAAUUGCCAACUUGCAACAUAGGAAUCUUGUGAGACUCCUAGGAUAUUGCCUGGAACAAAAUGGAAAGUUACUUGUCUAUGAGUACAUGCCAAAUAAAAGUCUUGAUGCCUUUCUCUUUGAUUCAAACAAGAGUUUUGAACUUAAUUGGCAAAGACGUCUUCACAUUAUUAAUGGGAUUGGCAGAGGCCUUUUAUAUUUACACGAAGAUUCUCGUUUGAAAAUUAUUCAUAUGGAUAUGAAAACCAGCAAUAUUUUACUUGACAAUGACCUAAAUCCCAAGAUAUCAGAUUUUGGAAUGUCGAGAAUUUUCGAGGAAAAUCAAAGUGAAGCUAAUACAAAGAAGAUUGCUGGAACAUAUGGAUACAUGGCUCCAGAAUAUGCAAUAAGAGGAUUAUUCUCAAUAAAGUCUGAUGUUUUCAGUUUUGGAGUGAUCCUACUAGAAAUAAUAAGUGGGAAAAAGAAUAAUCGCUUUCACUCGUCAGAAGUGGAUGAAAACCUACUAACUUUUGCAUGGAAGCUAUGGUCAAAGAAUCAAGAACUAGAGCUAAUGGACCCAUUAAUUUUGGAAUCAAGUGUUGCAUUCGAGGUGUCGAAAUGCAUUCACAUCGGAUUAUUGUGUGUUCAGGAAGAUCCAGCAGAUAGACCCACUAUGUCUUCUGUUGUUAUUAUGUUGUCAAGUGAUAACAUUACUCUUCCUCAACCCAAACAACCUGCAGUUUCUGUACGCCGGCUUCUAUCAAGAUUAGCAUCUUCAAAUCAAAAAGUUUCUUCUAAUAAUCAAGUAAGCCUGUCGGAUAUAUCCCCACGAUGA